CCAGGCUUGCCUGUUCCUUCCCAGAAGCUACAACAAAGUCUGUCCACGUCCCCGCUCCCAGGGAGUUCCGGCUUCCUCUCGACCAGCCGCAAAGCCUCUCCUGGGUAUCCCAAGUGGCACAUUGUUCUCCUCCGGAACCGUGGCGUUUGAUUCUCUGGUCUAUUUAACAAGGUCUUCUCUUGUACAAGAUUGUGACUUGGAGUUUCUUAUUUCUUUUAAUAAAAAGCCAGAAGAGUAGAAAGAGAUGAGCUCAGUGAAACUCUACUCUGUAAAGCUGAACGAUGGGUUCUUCAUGCCCAUGCUGGGAUUUGGCACCUCUGCUCCUAAUAAGGUUGCUAAGAGUGAGGUGGAAGAGGCUGUCAUGAGAGCAAUCGAUGUAGGCUACCGCCAUUUUGACUCCGCUUACUUGUAUCUAAAUGAAGAAGAGAUCGGGAGGGCCAUCCGGAAGAAGAUCGCUGAUGGCUCUGUGAAGAGAGAGGACGUAUUCUACACUUCAAAGGUGUGGGGAACCUUUUUACGUCCAGAAUUGGUUCGAACCAGCUUGGAAAUAUCGCUGAGGAAACUUCAGUUGAGCUAUGUGGAUCUUUAUCUUAUACAUAUCCCAGUACCUUUGAAGCCUGGGGAAGAGCUCUUCCCAAAGGACGAACACGGAGAACUCAUUUUCGACACAGUGGAUCUCUGUGCCACGUGGGAGGCCAUGGAGAAGUGUAAGGAUUCAGGGCUGGCCAAGUCCAUCGGGGUGUCCAACUUCAACCGCGAGCAGCUGGAGAGGAUCCUGGACAAGCCCGGCCUCAAGUACAAGCCCGUGUGCAACCAGGUGGAGUGUCACCCUUACCUCAACCAGAGCAAACUGCUGGAGUUCUGCAAGUCCCACGACAUCGUCUUGACUGCGUACGCGGCCUUGGGGUCCAACUCAGGGAAGGAAUGGCUGAGCAAGAACAACCCAGUUCUCCUGGAGGAUCCAGUGCUCAGUGCCAUUGCUGCAUGGCACAGGCGAACCCCAGCCCAGGUGGCCCUGCGCUACCAGCUGCAGCGGGGGGUGGUGGCCCUGGCCAAGAGCUUCAAAGAGGCGAGAAUUCGGGAGAACUUCCAGGUUCUGGAUUUCCAGUUGACACCAGAGGACAUGGAAAGUCUAGACAGUCUAAACAGGAACAUUCGCUAUUUUGUAGAUCCUUUAUUUAGCCGUCAUCCGGAUUUCCCAUUUUCUGAUGAGUGUUAAUGGCAUUGUCUGUGCUCCCUCCAGAGUUCUUUGAUUUGGUUCGAUGAUUGGCGAACACCAGGCACUUGGUUUAUCCCCUGUUGCUGCCUCGUCAACCACAGUGUGACUCCGCAGGUUAGGAAAUGAAAGUCUCUAAACCCAGUCUUUUCCCUCCAAAGUAAAUGAGAAUACGUUUCAAACAACCUAACCUAUCAAUGCCCUGACUUUUUAGUCUGUUUUGCUGUUUCCUGUGUCACUGAGGUUAAAAUGCUGAUAUGCACUGAAGUGAUCACAAGGAAAAUAUAAAGCCCUAAAAAAAACAAAACAAAACAAAACAAAACAAAACUAACCAUUUAGUUAUUUCCAAAGUCUAGCUUUUUGCUUGUUCAUAAGAAUUUUUUUCUCUUUGGCUCUGAGAAUUUACCACACUUAUACAAUUUUAUCAGACCUUUUAAAGGGAUCUAAAACUCAAUUCAUAGGUAAUAUAAGAACUGUCAUAUUUCCACAAAAAAAUUAGUCAUGAUGCCACAAACAAGGAAAGUGUCAAGCUGAAUGAAAAAGGACGACCGAGAUCUGAAAAUUAUCUGAUAAAGAUUUUAAAGCCACCAUUGUAAACACUGUUCCAACGAGCAAUGACAAACACACUUGGAACUAGUGGAAAGAUAGAAAGUUUCAAUAAAGAAACAGAAGAUAUAAAGAAUUACAAAAUGGAAAUUUUAGAGCUGAAAAUUACAAGAAUCAAAACAAGAAACUCAAAGGAUAAACAGAGGGGGCGCCUGGGUGGUCCAGUUGGUUGAGUGUCCAACUCUUCCA